CAACACACUUCAGUAACGCGACUGACUGUAGACUCUGAUACUCACCUGCAGGAGAGAAGAGAGCCAUGUCCAGACCCAGGCCUGUAGUUCUGAGUGGCCCAUCCGGAGCGGGGAAGAGCACCCUGAUGAAGAGGCUGAUGAAGGACCAUGAGGGGCUUUUUGGGUUCAGCGUCUCCCACACAACCAGAAACCCAAGGCCAGGAGAGGAGGAUGGCAAAGGGCUGAACAAGCUCCCUAUGCUUCUGGGUGCUACAUUACUGCCGGUAGCAGACGUCUUUUCCUCUGAGGAACUAGAAAACUCAUUUUCGUGUCCAAAUGAAUCAGAAACCACAGACACAGACUACCACUUUUCAACAAAAGAGGCCAUGAAACAAGGAAUUGAUAACGGAGACUUCAUAGAAAAUGCAGAGUUUUCAGGCAACAUGUAUGGAACAAGUAAAGCUGCAGUAGAAGAUGUGCUGGCCAAGAAUGUAAUCUGCAUCUUAGAUGUGGAUAUCCAGGGAGUGAGAAGGAUUAAAGAAACAGAUCUGAACCCUAUUUACAUCUCUGUUCAGCCGCCAUCCAUGGAGAUCCUGGAAAACCGUUUGCGGGACAGGCAAACAGAGACAGAGGAGAGUCUACAGAAGAGGCUGGAAGCAGCGCGCAUCGACAUGGAGCUCAGUAAAGAGGACGGACUGUUCGAUGUGGUGAUUAUCAAUGAUGACUUAGACAGAGCCUAUGAAGAGCUAAAAGACAUCCUCAGUGAGGAGAUAUCAAAGGUCCAGAAAGCACAGUCAUAACUGAAAACAUCUCCACUACUGAAAAGGACUAAUGCAUGAGAUGAAUAUCACGCUGAAUGCAUUUAAAUGCAUUUAAAUACAUUUAAACAUGUACUUCCAGAAAGUCUGAGCUUCAGAGGUACAAACAGAGGAAAAACUGAAUGAUAAGAGCCC